ACCCAGUUUGGCUACGAUGCCCACCGAUGUGUUCAGACUCAGACAUCUGGUAGGUCUGUGGCCAUUACACUGUCCACCUCAACUUCACAAAACUAGAACAUCUGGGUCUUCCAGGUUGCUCCAGCAGCAGAUCAGGUGACCAGGUCCCUUCUAAUAAGCCCCGCCCCUUGUUAUCUACACAAAAGGCUGCUGUCUGCUUUAUUUGCAUAUGGCGCUGCUCGAUGUGUCAUACUGGGAGAGCCGAGGGACACUUCCUGCUCGGAGGGUACAAUGUCGAGGACUUUACUGCUGCUCUUUGUCUUCUGUGGGUCACUUUCAGAAAGCCACUUGAGGUGUGUGGACUUCCAGAAUGUGACACCAGAGUCGCUCCAAAUACACAUCAUAGGCUUCAGCUCCACUGACCCCCACUGCACCGUUCGUGUCAAUGCAUCUGAUGUUCUGACUGGGCACCAGUGGGACCCACACCUGCCCACUGUGAUCAUCAUCCAUGGCAGGCGGCCCCCUUUUGUCAGACCACGCUGGGUAGGGGUCAUGGCAAGAGAGCUGUUGGCUGCCCACCACAUCAACAUCUUGGUUGUGGACUGGUUAGCUCCACGCCGCCAGAAUUUGGUCACCGUGGCUUCCAGAGCAGGUGCCCAGUUAGCGCGGACCCUGAGCGCAAUGCAGGAAGAAGGUGCCAGCAUGGCCAGCCUGCACCUGAUUGGCUUCGGAACUGGGGCACACAUCGCAGGCAGUGCAGGAGCCCACCUGCAGGGGGACGUUGGGCGCAUAACAGGUCUUGAUCCCUUCAGACCAUCGUUUCGUCACACAGGAGCUGGACAGCGGCUGGACUACACAGACGCGCAGUUUGUAGACAUCGUCCACACCAACUUUAAAGCCAAUGAACCAGUUGCAGCCCUGGGGACCCGGCAGCCCAUGGGUCAUGUGGACUUCUACGUUGGAAAGGGGCAUCGCCUGCCUGGUUGCCCCCGAGGCUUGCAUGCCAGAGAGCACUUUGUCCUGUGUGACCACCAGAUGUCCCACAGCCUAUUCACACACUCCAUUCGUGCCCACUGUCCGCUGCUCGCCUUCCCCUGCCAUUCUCUUGACGCCUUCUGGCGAGGCCGCUGUGUGGAUUGUCAAGUUUCAGGCCUUGGGACUUGUCCUCAGCUGGGAUACAACACCACCUGGCUGCCCAAGGCUCGCCCGCUGCCUUUCUACAAGCUCCAGUCAUUCCUCGGCUUUAGUCAGCAGCCUUCCCACUGUGUUGCCUAUUUCUUGCUGACAGUAGAGACUGGGGGCGAUCACAGGCUGCGAGGGUACCCGUUGGUCAAGCUGGUGGGAAGGCAGGUUCAAACAUCAGUCUUACUGCUGUCAAACUCCCCAGUUACCUUUGUGCCAGGGAAACAGUACCAGUUUCUAGUGGCAGCAGACACAGAAGGAACCUUCCGGAUGCUGCUACUGGAAGUCUACACGGGGCGCCUGGUGCUGCAACCUUGGAGGAAGAGAUGGCUUUGGAUUGAUUGGCUCAUCCUGACACGUCUGCCCAAAGACCGUGGGACUGUCUACUCGGCAUACGGAGUGGCAGUCACAGAGGGCACCACCCAGAGGAUCCAGUUAAGGAGGGAUGGGGGUCAAUCUGACUGAUGUUUUGGAAAUGACAAGAAAUGCCAAUAAAGAAAAACAUG